AUGUCUGAUAUUGACGAUAUGCAUUUUUGUGUCUUAAACAAAUCUCAUAAUCAUCUAUUAACUUAUGGUGCACUUGAACAGGUUCGUCUUAUUGCUCUUCGUCAUUAUUGGUUGCCAAAUUCAAUAAUUCUACAUAUACAAGAUGAUGAUUCUAAGUAUGCAUUAGAAUUUUCUUUAACAACAUCAGAUGAACAUUAUUAUUUAUAUAUACCAUGGAAUGUUGACGAACUUUCAGUUCAAUGUCAUAUAUCAUGUCGAAAAUUAGCCGAUGAUGGUUAUGCAUGGACAAUACGUAUGCUUGAUAGAAUAUUAAGAUUAUUAUGUGAUCAUUGUCCUGGUUUAUUUCAACUUGAAUAUAAAAAUGGUUUGUUUGGUCGACAAAUAAAUCGUUCUAUUAUCUAUAAUGGUCUUACAAAUCUCUGUCCAAUGGAUUAUAGUCAUUGGAAACAACGUGUACAAUUACAAUAUGAUCGUUUAAGUCCAACAAGAACAACAACAAGUAUAUUAUCCGAUAUUGAACAAACAAAUAAUGGAAAUGAAUAUGGUAUACGUUCAAUUAAAUAUCAAACACUUGGACAUGGAAAAAUACUUAAUGAAUCUUGUUAUGAUUGGUAUGUGUGA